AUAUGCCGUAAGAAAAAGCCAUACACACCUGGCAACCGAUCAUCCAGACGGAGCAAAGGCAAACCCCCUUUAGACAAUCUCGUCACUCUUAAAACAUUUUCCUUCUCACACACCCACGCAAUUCACACAGUCUCUCACUCUAGGUUUUGAAGAAAUUCACACACACACACACACAGUGAAGAAGGAAAGCAAUAAAACCAGGAAACUGGGUAUCUGUUGUCCAGGGGGGUUUACGAUUCCAUGGGCUCCGGCCCCCCGUAGAAAACCCCUCCCGCAGCCGCAGAUGUCGUCUUCUCUCUCCAAGCGAAAGCUCGACGAUUAUGCCGCCGAUUCCAUUUCUCCGAUAAACCCUACCAGGAUGCGUAAAGACCAAAAUGCCCUCCCCUCCUCCUCCAAUUCCUCUUCCUCCAAUUCCCCUUCCUCCACCCGGCCGCUCCCCUCCUGGCCACGAUCAUCCCCCGCCGGCGACACACACCUUCAAUUUUUCGUCCGGAUACUUUCCUACCACUCCCUCGUAGUCCAAGCGGAUUCAUCCGACACAGUUCGAUCAAUCCACGAGAAGAUUGAGUCGAUCACUGGUAUUUCCAUAUUCGAACAGCGGCUAAUUUAUCGGGGGAGGCAGUUACAGUUGGAGCAGACUUUGGCCGAAUGUAAGGUGCAGAAUGAUGCCAGCCUCAACUUGGUGGGCCGUAUGCGUAGCACUGGGUACCCUGAGGCGUGGCACCUUAUCAAUGAUGUCGUUUCGAUGAUUUUCCGUAUGUACAAGACCAACCCGCCGUCGAACCGCCAGAACCCGAAAACUCUGAGAACGAAGCUCACGAAUUUCGUGUCGGACUCCCUGAAAGAUCCCUUGCGAGAUUCGGUGAAGAGCCGAGAAAAGUUAUCCGGCUAUUUGCAGAUUUUCAACUCGUCUUCCGCGACGGGUGCACUGGUAAUGCUCUACAUGUCUUCUUGUAAAACCAACAAAGAAGAAGCAGAAGAAGCCAUUAAGAGCUUUAUUACUAGCAUUAAAAACAGUUGGAAGCAUUUCUGUCUAGAUACUGUGCUGAUAGUGUUGGAAUUCUGUAGGUUGUUAAAUAAGACAGCGGGAAUUGAUGAUCCCUUGUAUUGUUUCUGUCGACGUACUUUGGGGGAAAUGGCGAAGGAGGAGAGUAUUGGUAUUGCGAACAAGGAUAUUGAGAAAAAAAAGUGUUUGAUUGGAAUUCAUGAUAUAUUUCCGUUUGUGAACGAAUUAGCAUCUAAGUUGUCCCGGGAUUUGAUGUCAAGUACAGAACCAACCUUCUUCCCUAGGCUUUCACCGAAAGAUGUUACCGAUUUCUCCACUUUUAUUGAAGCCAUGAAGAUUCAGAUUGAGAGACGAGUUGGGUUUGGUGGCCCAAUUCGAGUUCCCCUUACAGAGGAGCUUCCAUUGGAUUAUGCGGACAACGUUAUCAUUUUGCAUGGGAUAUUUACUCAUUUAUUGAGUAAAUUAGAGAACGUUUUGGUCAAAAUCGAGGAGCAUGUGGAGUGGGGUCAGAAGAAGAAGGAACCCGAUACCCAUCUCCUCCAAUGGUACGAGUAUCUUCGAGUGCUGAAGGAGCUUAAUAGUAUUUCUAAACUUUACUAUGGCUGUGAAAAGGUGUUUUGGGAAACUAUGAAGCGGAGAAAAGAUGUUUUGUGCUAUCUUGUUGUAAUGUGCGCAAAGAGGAAAGAUGAUAAUAACUGGAUUCUUGACUGUAAGGAACUGACCAAUUUUGAGGUGAGGAGGUGUUUAGCAAUGUUCAUUCUUCCGGAGGUGAAGGAUGAAUAUAAUGACCUGCAUGAAAUGCUGAUUGACCGCGCGCACUUGUUGGAAGAGUCCUACGAGUACAUUGUGCAUGCCGAUUUAGAUUCAUUGCGUGCUGGUUUGUUUAUGGAGUUCAAGAAUGAGGAGGCUACUGGUCCUGGUGUCCUGCGAGAGUGGUUUUUCUUGGUCUGCCAAGCAAUAUUCAACCCUCAAAAUGCGCUCUUUGUGGCUUGCCCUAAUGACCGUAGAAGGUUCUACCCCAAUCCAGCAUCCAAAGUGGACCCUUUGCACCUAAAAUAUUUCAGCUUCUCCGGCAAAGUGAUUGCCUUAGCCUUGAUGCACAAAGUGCAAGUCGGAAUUGUACUCGAUCGUGUGUUCUUCUUACAAUUAGCUGGUCAAACAAUCACCUUAGAAGAUAUAAAAGAUGCGGAUCCCUACUUAUACAACAGCUGCAAGCAAAUACUAGAGAUGGACCCCACUACCAUCGAUCAAGAUGCUUUAGGCCUAACAUUCAUCGACGAAAAAGAAGAGCUAGGAGCAAGGAAGGUCAUUGAGCUCUGCCCCGAUGGGAAAAACGUGAUUGUAAAUAGUAAAAAUCGGAGACGGUAUAUUGAUUCUCUUAUUCAGCACCGCUUUGUCACAUCUAUUUCUGAGCAGGUGGCACAUUUUACUGAAGGGUUUGCUGACAUCAUGAGUUCAAACGAGAUCAAGAGAUCCUUCUUCAGGUGUUUGAAUCAUGAAGAUCUUGACUGUAUGCUGCACGGUAGUGAGAAUGGAAUCUCUGUAGAGGAUUGGAGAGCACAUACGGAUUAUCAUGGCUUCGUGAAAACUGAUCUUCAGAUAUCCUGGUUUUGGGAGAUUGUCGGGAAUAUGACGAAAGAGCAGAAAAAGAUUCUCCUCUUCUUUUGGACCUCGAUAAAAUAUUUACCGGUAGAAGGUUUCAGUGGAUUGGCUUCUCGGCUUUACAUAUACAAGACCAGCGAGCCGAUUGACCGUUUGCCUUCUUCUCACACAUGCUUUUACAGGCUGUGUUUCCCUGCUUACACCACCAUUAACGACAUGCAAGAACGUCUUCGUAUUAUUACUCAGGAGCAUGUAGGUUGCAGCUUCGGUACUUGGUGAAAAUAAUUAAUAAAAUAAGAAGAAAAAAAAACUGUACAUACAAAAUAUAAAUUUAAUUUUAGUCUGUAAAUAUAGCAGAUUUCACUCUGUUAACUAUUUUGGCCCUUGACUGUGUGCAAGGAGGAGGUGUUCUUGCUAGUUCGUUAGCCUGCUGUCGUAUUUUCGUUGACGGAGAUUGUGGCUGCUUUUUGGUAAAUUUAAGUUAUAUAGAAGGCAACAAGGGUAAGGGUAGUAAUUUUUAUCUGCAUUCUGGAAUAUAGAUUUUUAUUUUGUGG